AUGGAGACUGACGCGCCCCAGCCCGGCCUCGCCUCCCCGGACUCGCCGCACGACCCCUGCAAGAUGUUCAUCGGGGGACUCAGUUGGCAGACUACGCAGGAAGGGCUGCGCGAAUACUUCGGCCAGUUCGGGGAGGUGAAGGAGUGUCUGGUGAUGCGGGAUCCCCUGACCAAAAGAUCCAGGGGUUUCGGCUUCGUCACUUUCAUGGACCAGGCGGGGGUGGAUAAAGUACUGGCGCAAUCGCGGCACGAGCUCGACUCCAAAACAAUUGAUCCCAAGGUGGCCUUUCCUCGGCGAGCACAGCCUAAGAUGGUGACUCGAACGAAGAAGAUCUUUGUUGGGGGGCUAUCAGUAAACACCACGGUGGAAGACGUGAAGCAGUAUUUUGAGCAGUUCGGGAAGGUGGACGAUGCCAUGCUGAUGUUUGACAAAACCACCAACCGGCACCGAGGGUUCGGCUUUGUCACGUUUGAGAGCGAGGACAUCGUGGAGAAAGUGUGUGAAAUCCACUUCCACGAAAUCAACAACAAAAUGGUGGAAUGUAAGAAAGCUCAGCCAAAAGAGGUGAUGUCACCGACUGGCUCGGCCCGGGGGAGGUCUCGAGUAAUGCCCUAUGGAAUGGACGCCUUCAUGCUGGGCAUCGGCAUGCUGGGUUACCCUGGUUUUCAAGCCACGACCUAUGCCAGCCGGAGUUAUACAGGCCUCGCCCCUGGCUACACCUACCAGUUCCCCGAAUUCCGUGUAGAGCGGACCCCUCUCCCGAGCGCCCCAGUCCUCCCCGAGCUUACAGCCAUUCCUCUCACCGCUUACGGACCCAUGGCAGCGGCAGCGGCGGCAGCGGCUGUAGUUCGAGGGACAGGCUCUCACCCCUGGACGAUGGCUCCCCCUCCAGGUUCAACUCCCAGCCGCACAGGGGGCUUCCUGGGGACCACCAGCCCGGGCCCCAUGGCCGAGCUCUAUGGGGCAGCCAACCAGGACUCGGGGGUCAGCAGUUACAUCAGCGCUGCCAGCCCCGCCCCCAGCACUGGCUUCGGCCACAGUCUUGGGGGCCCCUUGAUUGCCACAGCUUUCACCAAUGGGUACCACUGA